AUGGUGCCUUUCCGUGCUUAUGAAAUUUCCUUCCUCUUUCUUCUGUUGGUAAAGUUCCACGGGUCAGGGCUGAGAAUAUUAUGUUUAUGGUUGUCUAUUUUAGAGGGUGUGGAUGUACGUUUCACCCAGGAACCUUCUAAUCCAAGCUACUUUAAAAAUGGUAGUGAUGCUAACCUGGUGUGGGACUACACUGAUCCACAUAAUAAGGUUUGGAGCAUUCUCUACAGUGUUCUGGUAAAUGGUGCAUUUGUCAGAAUGAUUUUUAACAACAGUGGUGGUGUCCAAGAACAUCCUGAUAUUCCUCCAUCUUACAAAGGAAGAGUUAAAGUUGAAGGAAGAGCUACCCUGGUUGUCAGGAACAUCAACCUUGCAGACAAUACUGAAUUUAAAUGUAGUGUUUAUGGAAGCUUUGUAGGGACGAUUGGAAGUACAGUGCAUCUUAUUGUGGCAGAGGCACCGCUUAUAUAUCUCUCUCCAGGAGGAAAAUAUUUCAUUGAAGGAUCCCCUGUCACCGUAACCUGUACAGCUUCUGGGAAACCACCGCCGGAUGUAGCAUGGAUUAGAAAUGGAGUACUGGAAAAUUCAGGGAAGAAAGCUGCGUCCUUAAAGUUCCAUAAUAUAAACAGAAAAGAUGCAGGACAAUAUACAUGUCGAGCCAAUAACUCAGUGGAAGUCACUUCCAAUGACACAAAGAUUGUAGUUUACUACAAACCCGAAGGUGCAACACUCACUACCAAUGCUUCACAAAAUACCGUCACUGAAGGAGACACAGUUACAUUCAAGUGCAAAGUUAUAGCUGCUGUGCCUCAAGUGUCAGUUUACAAGUUCUAUUUCAAUGCCGGCCUCCUAAGUGGGAACAGCAACAGUGAGUAUACCUUAAACAACGUCAAUCGAUCUCAGCACUAUGGCGACUACCAAUGUGUCCCACACAAUGACGCUGGAGAUGGAGCAGAAGCAACUGUGAGACUUAACAUAAAUGUUCCUGUACAGUUUACAGAAGUGCCACAGAAUAUAACAGUUAAUACGUCAACCCCUCUGUUUUUGAAUUGUGAUGCGACGGGUUUUCCUGAACCUAAGAUAAGAUGGGAAAAAUCUGGGAUUCAUUUGUGUGGCACCAAACAGCUGAACAUCUCCAGUAGUAGCACGAACGAUGCUGGAGAAUAUGUGUGCAUCGCAAGCAAUGGUGUGAGACAGGAAAAGACAGUAAGAGCUUAUGUCACCGUGCAAUACCCGCCCACAAUUCAAAAUGUCACCACGUCAUCUAAGAAGUCUUGGAUUGGCCAGACAGUGACUUUAAAAUGUCUUUCUGAUGGUCUUCCUACACCAACGCUCUCUUGGUACAAACCUGAAGGAAGUGAAAUAAACAGAGUCAGAGCCAGAGAAAACAAAGUACAAGUGCCACUCAGGGGUGAUCAAGAUUUUGGUCAUUACAAGUGCAUUGCUGCCAAUGGACUUAUUCCAUCUCAUGAGAAAGUAAUAAAGAUAAAUCAGAUAAAGAAACCAGGGAAAGCAUCCAUCAAAUCAUCAGAAUCAGUCAUUCAAGCAACUUUGAUAACAAUACGAUGGACUGCACCAGCUGAUGAUGGAGGAAGUCCGAUUACAGGAUACCGACUGAUCUUACGAAAGGGUGAAACUGAGAUAGAAGAGGAUAAUAUCACCGAUCCUGGGACGACUACUCAUUCGUUUCGUGGUUUGGAGAGUGAUACCAACUACACGGUGAAACUGUUUUCCAGAAAUUUUGUAUUCGAGGGAGAUCCUAAUAUAAGGAAAAUUAGGACCAUAUUUGAAGGAGCCCCAGGUGUGGUUGAAAUAGACGAACUGCCAAGUGAAACAACAGACAAUAAAAUUACCCUUAAGUGGAAGGAGCCAAAAAGUAAUGGAAAAGUUAUCACCAUGUAUACAGUGUACCUAAGAGUGAUGGCUGAUGGGAAAGUGGGACAGUGGACAGAAAUACGGAAAAUCAGAGAUGCCUCUGUGAGAGAAUUGAAAAUAGCGUUGGAGAGAGGAAGGGUUUAUCAGUUUGCCGUUACCGCAACUAAUGAGCUUGGUGAAAGCCUAAAACAAGAGGAAGCAAAUAUGCAGCAAGUCAAGGCGGAGGGAA